AUGUCUUCCAGUGGCACUCUCAGUAACUGCUAUGUGGACGCUUUAAUGGGACAGGAACCGGAGGAUGUGUACGGAGCUCGCUUUCUUCAGCCUCCACACAUGGUGACCCCGAGGCCGUCAGGUGCCGGGGACAACGCAGACUUCUCUUCUUGCAAUUUUGCUCCAAAGUCCGCCGUUUUCUCUCCGUCGUGGUCCUCUGUCCACCCGCAGGGGAUUUAUCACCCAUACGUGCACCACCACCAUCAGUCCCACCUCCCCGCCUCGGAUAGCAGAUAUGUCGGCGUCCGCUCCUGGAUGGACCCCAUCUCCAACCACGUUUCUUUUUCCGGAUUUCACACUAGUAGCCGCUCGUACGGGACAAAACCAGACGUGUUACCUCCGAAAUCAACCGAGUGUGACUCUUUGGAGUCAGAAAGUCGUCCGCAAAGUGGAGAAUUCACGCACGGAGUAUCGGAGUGUCGAGAAAAGUCGAGCAAAGAGCAUAGUGGAAGUGAGCUUUCGAGCCACAGCGAGCCAAAAGAGGAGAAACAACAACAACUUGACCCAAGUAAGUAAACGAAAUCCUGAUUUACUGCCCUAAGAACUGUAUGAGCUGGGUGCGUAAAACUGGAGCUUUUACUAACCUAUAAAAGUGUCUCGUGCUAUGCAGCGGCUCGGGAAAAACCCGCCCUGGAAAGGUUAUUACUGGGGGAUCCUAAACUUUUUAAUGUCACAGGACACCUCAAGUAGAAACACAAUGCUUCGUAAAGAUUAGAUACAACCUUUGAUAUCUUUAUUUUUUAUCCGUAAAACACCAAACACAUUAUUUGAACGGUAAUUUUUAGGCAUUUCUCCAUUUUCAGAGGGUUUUUUUUCUAUUUCCUGCAGCACCACUGCCCGUGUGAGUCCCUGUACAACAGUCCCCUUUUCAUGUAUUGAACUUGUUGUGGGUUUGAAUUAAAAGUACCCUCAGCACGCUCGUAUUCACUUCAUCUUUGUGUUUUUUCCCUCCAGAUAACCCUGCAGCAAACUGGAUCCACGCGCGCUCCACGAGAAAAAAGCGCUGCCCGUACACCAAAUACCAGACUUUAGAGCUGGAGAAGGAGUUCCUCUACAACAUGUAUCUGACCAGAGACCGACGCUACGAAGUGGCCCGCAUACUCAGUUUGACCGAGAGACAAGUGAAGAUCUGGUUCCAGAACAGGAGGAUGAAGAUGAAGAAGAUGAACAGAGAGAGAGGCAGCAAGGAACACUUAUGA